UGCUCGUAAUAAAAUGGUUAUGGACUUAGAUCACUGCUGUGAUCCCGCAUCUAGUUCAUCAAGUUCAACCAAAAUAUUCUGCAAUACAAAUAAUAUUUGUAGCUCUUGCCGAUGUCAUCGCUGUUGUACGAGUUCAUUUUUGAAUGAUCAUACCUAUUCUUUGCUGAAAAGGAUCUGCCAUAAGAUAAUAAAAAGCCAUAGCCGUCAACAGUGUCGGGAAAAUUAUUCAGUCUUCGAAGGAGGUAAUAGUACCAAUCUACGAACGCCUAUCGAUCAGCGAGGUUCGUUGAAGGAUUUGGGCUGGCAGAAGAGACGUAGCGAGGAAUACAAUAAAAGAGGACAAAUUAGCAAGGAUCGUCGGCGGGAAGAAACUGAUGAAGGUAAAUUAAAGCCCAUAAUCGAUUUGGGCCCCUUAAAGAAGUCACUUAAAGAUAAGGGUAGUAAUGACGAAGAAAUUAGGGCUUCGAAGAGAUUAAAGAAAGGAUCAAACGGAAAAAAUCAGCUAUCCGCUGAAGGAAAAAGUGAAGAUCGAAACAAAAAUAGUGCCAAGCCCAGCCAAGAUGCAGAUACAAGUGUUUUAUCCAAAAAGUCACGAAAAGAGAAAGGCCGGGGUGGAAAAGGAGACGAUAACGAAAAUGGCAAUACAGAGAAAGAUGCCUCCAAAAGAUCUGUCAAAGGUAAGGCUCCAGAAGAUACAGAUGGCGAACACAAUAAGGACAGCAAAGAUAAACGUAAAAAUGAAAGAACGAAAUCCCAAAGCAAUAAGAGCCAGGUUGAAAAAGAUAGCGGGGACAUUGAUAAAAAAGAUACAGAUGUAACUGCAUCUAGAAAGUCGCGAAAAAAUAAGCGCCGAGGCGAUAAAGACGACGAUAAGGAAAGUGGUAACACAGAUGGAGAAGAAUCCAAAAAAUCUCGGAAAGGAAAAAAUGAAAAGGAAAUAGAUGGCGACCGCAACAAAGAAGCGGGUAAAAAUGUAUCUAGGAAAUCCGAUAAAGACAACAGGCGAGGGAAUAAAGAUAACGAUGACAAUGGUAACAGUAAAAAAGAUAAAACUGAAUCGGGAAAAUCUAUGAAAGAUAAAUACCGAAAUGGAAAAGAACUGGAAAGGGAAAAAAGUGAUAAUGAUCAGAACGAAUCUAAAAAAACUAUUAAGGGUUCAGGAAACUCAAAAAAGCGAAAAUCUCAUAUUGACGACGAUGAUAAUAAUCGAUCUCCGAGCAAUUCAAAGAAAGACCAAGUUGAUGGAUCGGGAAAGUCUAUGAAAGAUAAAAACCGAAGUGGAAAAGAACUGGAACUGGAAAAAGGUGCUAACGAUCGGAGCGAAUCUAAAAAUCCUAUUAAAGGUUCAGGAAAUUCAAAAAAGCGAAAAUCUUAUAUUGACGACGAUGAUAAUAAUCGAUCUCCGAGCAAGAAAGACCAAGGUGGUGGAUUUUCGAAAUCUAAAAAAGGCACUACUGGGGAAAUCGGAGAUAAGUCUAUCGAUGACAAUGCAAUUAAUGGCAGAGUUGACAUAGGCGGUUCUAAAAAAAAAUAUGGUGAUAAUGCAAGAAAAUUAAAUACAAUUAGUGUCGAAGAUAAAAGUAAAUCACAUGGACUAUAUGAAUCAGGUGCAGGAAGAAAGUCAUUUAAUAAAAAGAAGGGUGUAAGUAAUGACAGCAAUAUAAAUAAAAAGAAGAAACUGCGCCCUUCCAGUCAAAGUGCCUCUAAAUUAAAGGUCGAAAGUAAAUCCGGUGUACGGUAUGGUAUCAAAGGGUCGAAAAACAUUCAGGUUGACAGGCCCACAAGCAGAUCUGAGUUAAACAGGCAGAGAUUCCUCAGGCCUAGUCGCUGCGAUGAAGUUCGGCCGUGUGAUAUCCUGCGUACCCAUUUGGAGCAACGAGAUCUUUCAAGAGGCUUUCAUAGCUGUCCACGAACCAACAACUGUAGGAUGUGCACACCAUGUUGUCUCAAUGGUGUGACUGGCAUAUCUUGUUGCUGACUUUUGAGAACGUAAUACGUUGAUGCAUACUUUAAAAUUAUUAUGAGGAUACAAAUUAUUUAAUUACCAUAAAGAAGAAUUUAAUACGUAUAUAUGCG